ACGUUGGGUGAAAAUCGCUCCGGCCAAUCCCUUAAAGAACUACCUCCUGGAUGCAGCUGGGAGAAACCCCGGGCGUUGCGGCUGUGUAUGGGCGCUGGUGGCUGUUUACACAUCGUUAGUCCGUCCCCAAAAGCAGUUCGCCAAUGCAGUUCAUGCAAAUCAUCACGGAACUUGCUGGAAGGAAGCGCAAACGCAAAAAAACUUGGGCAACGAAGGCCGGCUGGCUAGAUGAGACACAUCUUCCGUUCCCGGAUUGCUGCGCUCUUUUAUUCGUGCUGUUUCCCGCCCUCGCCCCAGCGUUCUCCCUAUCACACUACCCAAGAAGCGUUCAUGCGGCUGACGAACCGCUCCAUCGCGGGUGCAGGGCUGGAGAAGAAAGCCUUUCGCAACCUGAUAGUCCGUUAGUGACUCCCGCUCGGGUCGAACUGUGCAGCAUUGUUGAUGAUUGGCGGGCGUGCUGGGGAUGACCGCCGUGUUGCAACCAACAGCCGACGACAGCGAACGCCCCGGUUAUCUGUGAGCCUUCGGGACGUCCCCAUGACACAAUGGCAUACAUAAGUUAAAUGAUUGCUUGACAGCAGCCGCUUGGGCCAUAGUGAAUUUUCAAAUGCCCGAGUUCCCUACUCCCUUUGCCCGCCGAAAAGUUUUCUAUCGCCUGAUUAGAAUUUAGUCCGCUGGAGAUUCCGGGCGCGGGACACGGCCCAAAAACAAUAAUGGCGCUGCCUGAUAUCGCGCGAUGGAUGCUUGUUCGUGAUCUUUUUUCUUCAUUUGACUCUAGCUAGUUAACUAGUUAGCUGUUCCCGGACUUGGCUUGGACAACGGGAUUGCUUGGUGACGACCUGGUUGUGACCCGCGCAGGGGCUUGGCUGUGAAUUGGUGAAAGAAGGAAAAGAAGUGUAUCAAAUUUGACCGACAAGUAACUAACUUAACACAGGGACAUGAAAAAUGAUUAAAUUAAAUGCAAAUAAAAAUUAACAAAAUAAUAACAACAUGAAUUAUUCAGAGA